AUGGGUGAUGCUGAGCUCUUGAAAUGUCAGAACUGCCAUAUUCCUUUGGAACUGGACAGCUCUUUGAUGGAGUUAAGUCUCGCACAACGAAACCUUUUGAUGAACUCUGCUACCGAGCCCACAGUGCCAGCUGUGCAAAUUCCAGCAGAUCGACUCAAAAGACUCAACAGCGUCAGGAAAGGUAGCGAACUGAAUUUACAACCCUCAGUCUUGAAUAAUCUCGACUCUUACGUGUUCCUUACAGGUGAUUCAAGUACACUACAUACUACUCGUUUGGACGGAGAAUCCGGGAGCGAAGAUGACGAAGACAUAAGAUCGAGGACUCUUAGUUCUAGGAUCAGCACCUUGACAAACAUUUUCAACAUACUGUCUUCUAAAAGUAACAUUGAGUAUCCUGUCUGCCAAGACUGCUGCGACCUACUGAUUCAAAAGCUCAAGGGCGAUUAUGAGGAUGCUUUGAAAGAAAGAGAUACUUACUCAGACUUUUUGAAAAGGCUUGAAAGACAACAAGAGCUGGAACAAGACAGAUCACAGGAGGAAGGGGAUUCAUUUGAAGAGGAACGAAGAAUAGCCGAAAAGGAGCAAGAAGAGCUUUUACAGAAACUCGCGAAUCUAGAAAAAACAGAUGCAGACCUGGAUGCUACGAUUGAGAAACUGGAAGAGGAAUUGGAAGUCAAAAAACAGCACGAAAUGAAGGAACUUGAACUUCGGAAUAUCCGAGAUCUGGAGAAGAUGGAGUUUUCGAAGGAACUGCAAUCACUAAAGAACCAGUACGAGUUCACUUUAAACAGUCUCGACAAGCUGCGGAAAACAAACAUAUACAACGAGACGUUUCGUAUCUCACAUGACGGGCCUUUUGGGACCAUUAAUGGACUGCGCUUAGGCGGUUUAGACGAAGCACCUGUUCCCUGGCAAGAAAUCAAUGCGGCACUUGGACAACUUGUAUUGUUGCUAGCCACAAUAUGCGCGCGCUCAGAGUUCAAAUUGACGGGCUACAUUUUGAGGCCGAUGGGUUCGUUUUCCAAGAUUGAACAAUUCGACUCUAAAACUCAAGAAUGGCAUAGCUGUGAUGUCUUCAACAACGGAGGUUUCAAAAUUGGUAGAAUAUUCAACAAGGGAACUAGUUUUGAUCGGGCCAUGGUGUCAAUAAUGGAUAUCAUCGGUCAAAUUAUAUCUCAUCUCUCACUCGACAGGCCAGUAGACUCGGAGGAGAUAGAGCUGCCCUAUACAAUGGAGGCCGAAAAAAUCAAUGGACUAUCAAUCAAAUUGAGCGCAAACAAGCCGGGGCAAGAAUGGACUACUGCUUGCAAAUUCCUUCUUACCAAUGCCAAAUGGUUACUUGCUUUCUCGUCGAGUAUGAUUACAAAUUCGUAA